ACACACAAAGGCCACCCGUUACAACUUGCUAUGUAUUUUGCCAUUUUGAUAGAUCUUCCAUUCUUUUGAACUUCAGUAUUCACAUGGCUCAGAAGGUGGUAUUGAAGAUCUUGACUAUGAAUGAUGAGAAAACAAAGCAGAAAGCCAUAGAGGCUGUUGCUGACAUUUAUGGAGUUGAUUCGAUUGCAGCCGAUUUGAAGGGGCAGAAGCUUACCAUUGUUGGAGACAUGGACACAAUUGCAAUAGCCAAAAAGCUGAAGAAACUAGGAAAAAUAGACAUAGUUACUGUAGGACCUGCAAAGGAAGAAAAGAAAGAAGAGAAAAAAGAUGCAAAGAAAUGAUGAAAGCCAUAUAUAGUCUUUUUAGUCCUGUAAUCAGUGUUUUCAAUUCCCUUGUAUAUUUAUUUGUAGACAUUGUAGUAGACCUGUCCUGCCUUUCUGUAUGAAUAAAUUGUAUCAAAUUCAAUAAAUAAACAGUGCCUUU